UCCAAACAUACAAAAGGCAAUCUAAAACUUGAAUUUUAUUUCUCUCUCUCGAGCAUAAACCGUAUAUGUGGCUUUUGAGGUCUUAUUUGUUGACUAAAUUGAUCAAUAUUGGAUCCAGGCUAAUGCAGGAAGAUCUGUCAGCGUGUAUCAAGUCCACGUUGUGAAAGCAAAAUCAUCUGUGACCUGCAAUGCAUCUACUAGUAGCUGAAGACAAUGUGGUCAAUCAAAAAUUGAUGACAAGGAUUGUGCUCCGUACAAUCGGCGGUUGUACUUUGAGUAUUGUUAACAAUGGGCAAGAAUGCCUUGAUUACCUGGCCUCGCCACCUGAAAUAUGUCCUAGACCGGAUAUAAUAUUGAUGGAUUCCAUAAUGCCGGUGAUGGAUGGCUUCGAAGCAACUCGUAUAAUCCGCACUGUACCACCUUUCAGCACCGACGUUCAACUCCGUCGUACCCCAAUUAUAACCAUGGCCCCACCUGGCCUACCCCUGCCACUUCGAAGAUAUGUGCAAGAGCAUGACGGUUUGCUUUCAAAGCCUAUCAGGGUCUCUCACUUGAAAAGACUAUUGUUACAACACUCUCGGUUCCAGCCUCAACAUGUUCCUGGAGUUGGUAUGGUGAUGGCGCCCGUUUGGAGCCCAGUCGCGAUAAGGGCUUUUAGUGGACCUAGGUCGAGGUUGUAGGUUAUUCCUAGGGACGUAUGUCGACUUAUCUUUCUCUCUGGCGUUACAUACUUGAGACUUGAAAAAUCUUUUGCAUAUGUAGGCAUGUCUGUCGUUUUUGGCUUCAAAUACCAACUGCACAUACAUCAACAUAUGUAGAAGGUACAUGUAGAGUUGCAUCUGGC